AUGGAAGCUCUGAAGGGUCACAACGUUGUUAUCGUGGCCGGUGGCGCAUCUGUUAGUCUCGCGGGCGAGAACAAGGACAUCUUGCUCAACGAGGACUUUGAUUUUUCUGCGCCGUGCCUUGAUUUCGCUUGCCUGUGGUUCGCGAGGGUGGUUGCAUCGGAGAAGUUGGAGCCGGAUCUCAAGAAGCAAGUUCGGCAGCGGGCGCUGGCGCUCAGGCGAGAGCGGAUGUCCGGCAUGAUCGUCGUCUACGGGUUUCAACGCGUGCUGCAAGAUUAUGAUUUUGCGUCGCGGAACCGUUCGGAUGUCGUCCGUGCCCCGAAGACUAAGUCCCUGAAGUCUCUGAGGGACAGGAUCGUCAAGCACGCGUGUGAUCUGGCCGUCGAAAUUGUUCUAGCGGAGCCCGCGUUGCACAAAACGGCUGGCGCUCGCUCAACGGCGCUUCACGCGCCCGCGGUGGACAGCGCUGCCGGUACGGUUGCAGACCCUGGCAAGGAGAACCCACCCGCGAGUAAGACACCCGAUGGUGACAACGCGGAAAGGGACUCCGAGGCUGGGGGUGAUUCAUCCGCGGGAAUCUUGAACAGGAAGGGUGAUGACGCGGAAACCGAAAAGGAGCCUGGCGCGCUAACCGCGGAAAAGAACAUCGCAGCUGACGACGUGGGCAAGGCCAGUCCACCCCGCGUAACCGAGAAUCGGUUGGAGGUUGCUAGUGGCAGCAGUGGGAGAUGGCCGAAAAAGAGCGGCAACCGCUCCGCCGAACAGCUCUCCAAGCUGCCGGCGCUCACGCUUGCGCACGCGAUGGUCAACAUUUUCAAAAAAUGUCGCGAACUUGUGGAAGCGGAUUCGGACCACACUGUCCAGUCCGCAUUAUGUGCUACAGCUGGGCUAGAAGUCACGGACGAUGAUGGGAAAGUGAAAGGGAAAGCACAGAAGACGUUAUUCGCCGCCACGGUCGCAUUCGGGAUCGCUGCUGUGUGGAGUCUUACCGCGGAAUAUACGCGCAGCAACACGGCAGGUGGUGCGAGAUCGGCCUGGAAAGGAGUCGCCACGGAGGUUCGCCGUGCCGCGGUCACAAGUGGCUCCGCCGUGGCAAAGCUGUGUGGCGCCAGUGCGGAUGAACUGGAGGGUUUGCAGGUGUGCUGGAGAGACGUGUACUCGGUCAUCCGGAAGCGCCAAGGUGAUCAGUUGGAGGCCGCGGCGAGCAUCGAGAAGAAGGUGCUGAAGUUGUAUGGGGAAGAGCUCGACAUGACCGACAAGGUUGUCGUGCAUCAGCUGGUCCAGGGGACGCGUGGGAAGGGCAAGAAUGGGGACGCGGGCGAGAAGGAUGGGAAGAGCGAGAAGUAUGAGAAGAAGGGCGAGGAGGCGGAGCACAGUGAUGGAGAAGACGAGGAUGACGAUACGUUGAUGGUGGAAGGAUCGGAGGGCGGCAAGGAUUUCGCCUGA